GAAGAGAGAGAGAGAGAGAGAGAGAGAGAGAGGAAAAUAGAGAUGGGGAAAAGGAAAACAGGGAAGAAUGUCCAAGAAAACCCGAUGAUUCUGGCGAAGAAAAGAAAGGCAGAUCCAAGAUGGGAAAAGGAAGGGGGAUCUGGCGGUUUCUUUGGCUGCUAUUUGCUUACUUCUUUGUCGCCCAGAUUCAAGGGUUUCACUUACAUCGGAUUUACAGUGAAUCCCCGGCGGAGAAUAAGGCAGCACAAUGGGGAAAUCACGAGCGGCGCUCUAAGGACAAAGCGGAAGCGUCCAUGGGAGAUGGUGUUGUGCAUCUAUGGCUUCCCCACACAAGUUGCAGCUUUGCAGUUUGAGUGGGCAUGGCAGCAUCCAAGAGAGUCAUUAGCAGUGAGAGAGGCAGUUGGAUCUUUAAAAAGUUUAGGAGGGCUUGGGAGUAAGAUCAAACUGGCAUUCACAAUGCUCACUUUACCUGCUUGGCAAGGGUUGAACCUUACUAUAAACUUCUUCUCAACCAAGUACAUGAAGCAUGCUGCCGGUUGUCCAAAUCUGCCAGAACAGAUGAAGGUCCGAGUUUGUUCCAUGGACUAUCUGCCUUGUUAUUCUGGGAUUGACUGGGAUUCAUUUGGACAUGAUGAUGAUGUUGAUGAUGACGAUGAUGCUCAUGAUGAUGGGAUUGAAGAGGAAGGGUCAGAAGAAUUGACUUGCAGCCAGAAUUCCAGCACAAGUGAAGAUGGUAACGGACCGUUACAGCCAGAUUUCAUUUCACCAUUUCUCAUCAGAUGUAAUAAUGUGGCAGAAGGUGAAGAAGAUGAACUUACACUUGUUGAAACCAAUAAGUUGCCCGAGACAACAGUAACGGUCAAUCAACAUCCGUGUUUGGCUACAGAUAACCGUACUCGCGAGGUUGAGAUCAUAGACAUAUGCACUCCUCCAAUUAGGAGUGGAAAUAACAAGAGAAGGUUUUCUGCUGUUUGUCCUGAGAUAAUCAUCGACUUGACCGAGUCUCCUAUUUUGGUUUGAUUUUAUACAUAAGUGUAACAAUACCAAGAAACCUAUGCAAUUGUAUUAAUACCAAGAAACCUCUGCAAUUGUAUUGAAAUCAAGAAACCUCUGCAAU